UCUGUUUUGUGUAUGACAAUAUGCUCUCCAAAUUCAUGUCUUUUGUUAAUUAAUCAUGUUCUUUGUUUUGUGAUAGGACUCUUGCAACCAGAGAUGGCUGAGGAAAUAGAAGCAGUUGUGAUCACACCAUCUAUGCUGCAGGAGGAAGAGAAGCUUGAAGCUGAAGGCAGAGAGAAGGAGAGGCAGUUAAUGGAGGCUCAUAUGCCCCGGGACAGAGACUCAAAUGAAACUCGCUACAAGAGGCUUCAACACUUGCUUGAAAAAAGCAAUAUUUACUCAAAGUUCUUGCUGACCAAAAUGGAACAGCAGCAAUUAGAGGAGCAACGAAAGAAAGAAAAACUGGAAAAAAAGAAAGCGAUGUUAAAUACUUCAAAGGAUGACAAAGUAAGGAUAAGGAGAGAAAAUAAACCAGCUGGAAGAAAGAGAGCCAGAGAAGAUGAAACAUACAAUAUCUCUGAUGUCAUAUCAAAAGAGGAGAUUUUGUUAGCAGCCAAAAAAAGUAAAGAUGAAGAAAGCAAGAUUGAAAGCUCAUCUGCAAAACUCUGUGCAGAAGGACUCCAGAAUAAUGGGGACUCGAAUAGCAUUAUUAAGGACAGACUGACACAGACAGUGCGUAACAAUGCCAAGCAUUUUUUUGACCCAGUACGAAAAUUUAAUCAACAGCCAGUACCUUUUCAGCAACCAAAGCUCUUCACUGGAGGAGUAAUGAGGUGGUACCAGGUUGAAGGCAUGGAAUGGCUUCGGAUGCUUUGGGAGAAUGGUAUUAAUGGUAUUUUGGCUGAUGAAAUGGGCUUAGGAAAAACAGUCCAAUGUAUUGCGACAAUAGCUUUGAUGGUAGAAAAAGGAAUGGUUGGACCAUUUCUGGUAUGUGGACCCCUCUCUACUCUUCCUAACUGGAUAGCAGAAUUCAAGAGGUUUACUCCUGAGAUUCCUAUAAUGCUCUACCACGGUGCCCAGAAAGAACGACGUCAAUUGAUACCUAAAAUUCGAAGGAGAGAAAAUUCCUUAAAUGUUCACCCUGUGGUCAUUACGUCUUUUGAAAUUGCCAUGAGGGACAGAAAUAUUCUUCAGAACUUCUCCUGGAAAUACUUAAUAGUGGAUGAAGGACAUAGGAUAAAGAAUAUGAAUUGUCGUCUUGUUCAGGAAUUAAAAAAGUUUAAUGCUGACAACAAACUUUUAUUAACUGGAACUCCGUUGCAAAACAACUUGUCUGAGCUUUGGUCUCUGCUUCAUUUCCUGCUUCCUGAUGUGUUUGAUGAUUUAAAAAGCUUUGAAUCCUGGUUUGAUAUUGCUAGUAUGUCUGGAAUUGCUGAAGAUAUCAUUGCAAAGGAAAAAGAGCAGAACGUCUUGCACAUGCUGCACCAGAUUUUGACCCCUUUCUUAUUAAGAAGACUGAAGUCAGAUGUAGCUUUAGAAAUUCCACCCAAGCGCGAAAUGUUGGUCUAUGCACCUCUUGUGAAGAAACAGGAAACCUUCUACAGUGCUAUUGUAAACAAAACAAUUCGCAAACUCCUACAAAAUGAUCAGGAAGAAGCUAUUGAGUUGAGCUGCACAGGGCGACCCAAACGCCGGAGUCGAAAACUCGUUAGUUAUCGUGAACUUGGUGAAAACGAUUCUCCUGAUGAACUGGAAAAACUGAUCAAUAAUAUGCAAUACGAAGUUGAAAAAGAGAGACCAGUGAUUGAAAUGAAUAUGCCUUUGGAUUCAGAAGUCAACAUAAAGUUGCAGAAUAUUAUGAUGCUAUUAAGGAAGUGUUGUAACCACCCAUACCUUAUUGAAUAUCCACUGGAACCUGGAACACAGCAGUUUAAGGUUGAUGAAGAUCUAGUGAACAGUUCAGGCAAAUUUCUACUCUUGGAUCGCAUGCUGCCAGAGCUGAAAAAGCGAGGACACAAGGUGCUGCUAUUCUCACAAAUGACACAGAUGUUGGAUAUUUUGAUGGACUACUGCUAUCUGAGGAAUUACCAGUUCAGUCGCUUGGAUGGAAGCAUGUCCUAUACAGAGAGAGAUGAAAAUAUGAGUAAAUUUAACAAAGAUCCAGAAGUUUUUAUAUUUCUUCUGAGCACACGGGCUGGAGGUCUUGGCAUUAAUCUGACUGCAGCAGAUACAGUAAUCAUUUAUGACAGUGACUGGAAUCCGCAAUGUGAUCUUCAGGCUCAAGAUCGAUGUCAUAGAAUUGGCCAGACGAAGCCGGUGGUUGUCUAUCGUUUUGUAACUGCAAAUACCAUUGAUCAGAAGAUUGUGGAAACAGCUGCCGCCAAAAGGAAGUUAGAGAAGCUGAUUAUACACAAAAGUUAG